AUGUACCUUGCUAUAGACAACUCGAUAAUUAUCUUGAAUGGUUGGCAGCUUGGUCUUGCAUGCGCUGAUCUACACUUCUACAAUUACACAGAAGUUAUUGGAUCUACGAAUGUAGGUCAUAUGCCCGAUCUAGCUACAGCAAGAAAGAAAGAAAACGACCUAGAUGACAAGAACGAAAGGCACAAGGCCAUGAUAGAGCCUGUCAACGCCUCGGAAAUGGAUUCAAACCCAAUCAUAUCAAACGCCUGGCACCUUCCUGCCCAACACCGUCGUCCAGACGCGCGAACCACACACAAGCAAUGCCCGUGA